UGAGUUGUUGCUAGAGCUAUUUUUGCACCUCGUGCAAUUCUGCAGGGUGAUCGGUGCAGCAGGCAGCACAUGCCAACUAGUUUUCUUGUUGUCUGCCAUUCAGCAGAGGGUGACCAGUCUGAAGAGAUGUGUUACAAAUUCCACCCAGUUGGAGCAACAAUGACUUCCCAUGUAAAAAUCCGGAAGGAGAGGGUUGGUUUGGUGGACUACGACACACAAAUCAAAGAGGUGCGGUGCCAGCUUGUAGACCAGCUGAAGGUGUUGGACUUGCAACUUGAGCAAAAGAGCCAGCAGCUGCAGGACCUGACAGACUACCUGAGACGACGGAGCGAGAUUGAAAGCGAAUAUGCUCGUUCCCUUGAAAAACUCUCUGAACGGUUCACUUCCAGGAUCAAGAGGAAGGAGCCCAGUAGUCACUCAGUGGCCCAGGUCUGGCUGGCUCUGCUGUCCCAGACCCGCCAAGAAAGUAGGGACCACAAUAGACUGAGUGAGAGCUGCAGCAACCUCCUCAUCCAGCCCCUCACACACUGCCUGGAGUACACACAACGCCUUGCCAAGAAGAGUAAAGACAUCUGCACUCAGCUGCAAGAUGGGCUACUCAAGGUUACCACAGAGCUGCAGACUGCAUGGCGGACAUACUACCAGUACCACUCAGAGUACAUGUGUGCAGAGGGGAAGCUUAAGGAGGCAGAGAAACAGGAAGAAAAGCAGAAACAGAGUGCUGCUAAGAAACUCGAGCGGUUAAUAGAAAAAAGACAAUCUAAGGUCCAAGAAAUCUACCUGAAGUGCAGCAAAGCCCGAAAUGAUUACCUGCUAAACUUGGCUGCCGCCAAUGCCUCCAUGAAUAAGUACUACCUCCAAGACAUCUCUGCUCUCAUAGAUUGUGCAGAUGCAGGGUACCACCUCUCUUUGGGCCGGGUGAUGCAGGCCUACCUGUCCAGUCGGUGGCAGACUCAGGAGAACCUGAGCACAGGGCUGCAGCAGCUCGAAGGCACCGUGUCUGGACUGGAUCAGAGCCACGACAGAGACACCCUCCUGCAGGACCACUAUAACACCUUCUCAAUGCCCCUUCGCUUCCCCUAUCAGCCCCAUGAUGGAGACCAGGUUUCUGAGGUCAGCGCAGAGUGUGAGAUGAGAGGUGAUCUGGAGACCAGAUACAAACAAAUACAAACAAGACUGAAGGCAGUCACCCACGAAACAGAGGAGACCAGUAAGAGCAUGUUGGCAGCUCAGUCUUCCCUGCUGGAGGGUAUUGGUGAUGAUGAUCUGGACCCCAGCAGUGGUUUGUCUCAGGAUGGCAGCACUGAGAACCUGACCGUGAAGCCCAGUGUGGCCCGACGCAGGGCCAACCUGCAGGAAAUAGAAAACCUCUACUUCACUAGAGUAAAAGAAUACCUUGUAGGAAGUUCCCUGGUAUCUAAACUGCAAGCCAAACAUGACCUGCUUAAAGUAGCUGUGGAAAAAGCAGAAGCAUCAAAUGGACAUCAACCUAGACACAAUGGAAAGUCUGUGCGCAUCAGGAAGAAUCACUCAAGUGCCAAUUUGAUGCACAACCACAAACUUUUCAAUGGGGACAUGCUGUCCUUCAUACAGGCAUCAGGACAACAGAUUCCAGAUGUUGUAGAAAGUUGCAUUCGCUUUAUCAACCUCAACGGUCUCCACCAUGAAGGGAUAUUCAGAGUGCCAGGGUCUCAGAUGGAGGUCAACAACCUGAGGGAUGCAUUUGAGCGAGGAGAGGACCCCCUGGCUGAGCGGACAUGUGACCUGGAUUCUGUCGCUGGAGUGCUGAAGCUCUACUUUAGAUGUCUGGAGAAUCCCCUCUUCCCCAUUGACAGCACCUGCCAACUCCUGGAACAAACCCAAAUAAAGAAUGAGGCAGAGAGAGCAGCUCAGCUCAAAAUGAUCAUCUCUUCCUAUCCCGAGCCCAUCAUCGUUGUCAUGAGAUACCUCUUUGCCUUCCUUCAUCAUGUGUCUCAGUACAGUGACGAGAACAUGAUGCAGCCUUACAACCUGGCUGUCUGUUUUGGCCCCAGCCUGGUAAGAGGGGCUCAUGAUGAUGAUGUUGUCACCCUGCAGCCUCAGAUCAAUGCCCUGGUGAAAAACAUCAUCCUCCAGCACGAGAGCAUCUUCCCCAGCCAGAGCGAAGUACAAGGUCCGGUGUAUGAGAAAUGCAUGACACUGGAACAGGAUGACUGUGAGCCUAUGAUUGAAGAAGGAGAUGUAGAAGCAGAUUACAACAAUAGCAAAGAUGAGUUGGAAACAGGACACUCUGCUGACAACACCAGCUCGUCUGCAGCACCAACACAGAAAGGAACAGACCGUCCUAGAGCAUACAGCAGCGGUGCAAUCGACCAAAGUAGGUCGACAGGUGGUCCAGCAGGGGGCGGCGUCACUUCAAGUGGGAAGUUAAUGCUCCAGAUUCCCAUGGGGCCACAGUGCAGGCCACGGCGGGUCCACUCUCCUGGCUAUGUGCGCAGAGAACUUCAGGAACACUCAUCUUCUGAGGAUAUUACCAAUCAAGUAGACAAGGAGGUCUGUCGCCAGAUGGACUCGGUCUUUAAGGAGCUCGUCUUGCGGCAAGGGGUGCAGGAUCCCUCCUCCACCGCCUCCUCUCCCUCUGCCGAAGCUCCCCAGAAGAAAGGGAAGCGGGAUGUACGGAGAGGGAAAGGAGCCGGGCUCUUCAAAGCAGCAGAUCCACUGGACUGAGAGGACUGGCAUCAGUAGAUGACAUGGAGAGAGGGAGAGGGGGAGAGAGAGAGAGCAAGAUAAUACAAAUGAAUACUGAGUUGUGGGGUGAUGUUCUCUGACAGUAGCUUUCAGCACAUCUAUUUCUAGAAAACUGAGAUCACUGAACCAUAGUCACUUCUCUGAGGUCCCUGCUGCACUGGGCUUCUUUCCACACGGUGGCUCCCUACUCAGAAACCAUUUCAUUCAUGUUCUGUACAGUAGAACCCUGCUGUGACUGCAGACCUGCAGUACAAUGUGCAAACUGUGGAUUACUUGAAAUGCACAGAUAUGUCUGUGCAGCUGAAUGUGGUUAUGCAACUAUCUGCAUCUGUGUAGGUGUUUAUAAUAAACUGUUUCCAGUUUAAGACACAUUUUCUAAGUGUUUUUUAGUCAGUACACACACACACACCUCUACAUACAAGCAACACAUUAUUCAUCAGAACAUCUGUUCAUGAGAUUGAGUCACAUGAUUGAUAAAAUAACUGUGAAUUUGUAGCUGUAUGGAAUUUGUAUAUAUUAAUUAUUUGUAAUUUGGUUUACACUAUAUGAUUUGUCUGUAUAUCUAGGCUACAUGUCAAAUAAAUAUUUUGUCUAUUCUGA